AUGCUUCGUUCUGCCAUCAGCGCUCUCAGAUUUGUUCCACGACGUGCGUACGCUGCGGCUGCUGCUGAGAAGGUCGUUUCAGAGGAGUUGCUCUUGACUUUGGCUUCUCCAAGUGCUGUAAGUGUGGUUUUAAUUCUUUUUGUUGGAUUUUUAGGUUAAGGAGAUACUAUAUAAUAUUGGAAAUGUGUUCCAGACGUUUGACUUGACUUUUUGCAAUGAAUUUUGUGAAACUUUACGGUUUAUAUUGAGUUAGAGACAGAAAAUAACGAAUUACUUGGUUUUUGAUCUAACUUGUUUUAAAAGAUUGAUUUUAGCCUUAUUUUUCUUUUGAUUGAUGAACAUUAAGCUUUUGUAUGAAAUCAAGUAUAAAAUUAUAGAAAUCUCCUUGGUUUUCAAUUGUUUUUGGUAAUCUUAUGGUAUACUGAUCAAAAUUAUAAUAAAUCAUUUUUAGUCUUUCUUCAACAAAGUUGUUGUCAAGCAAGUUGAUGUGCCAACUCAAGCUGGUGUUGUUGGUGUUUUGGCUAAGCACGUUCCAACUAUUGGAGUUUUGAAGCCAGGAGUUGUCAACGUUACUCAAGAAGAUGGUAAGUUACUUUGUAGCCAUAAUUAACUUGUGUUCUUGAUUUGCUUUAUAAAUUAAUAUAAAUGGAAGUUGAAACUGGUGAUCAUAUUGUUUUAGGAACCCAAGUGAAGCUGUUCGUUUCAUCAGGAACUUUGUCUGUUAACAUCGAUGGCUCAUGCCAAGUUUUGGCCGAAGAAAUCGUCAAGGUCGAAGAUAUUGAUGAAUCUGUAAGUAUUUUGCUUUUUAGGUUGGUUUAAAGUAAGAUUCCUUAUUUUUCUUGUUGAAAAAUUAUGUUUUAAAUAUUAAAAUAUAUUAUAUUGAGGUAGCUACUUGCAUAUCUUAUCAGACACGUCGUUUGCGGGCUCCUUGACUAGUUUUUGUCAAGAAUACUGUAAAACGUGUUGUAAUUCAAUAAUUUAGGCGGCUCGUCAAGAACUAGAUGCUGCCCAACGUCAAACUAGCGAGGGUUCGGAAGUAGAGCGCGCUGAAGCUUCGAUCCGCGUCGAAGUAGCUGACGCUCUUCUUAAGGCCGCUUCUGGACAACAAUAG